UCUAGGAGGGAGGAGGCGAGGGUGGUCUCAAUCUCUCGCUAAGAGGCUACUUUGGUCCCCCAGCGUAAGCGCAUUCACAGAUGUCUCCGCACGCGUAGAGCCGUGUCACGCGUCACGGACGGCGGAGCGCGCCGCUUCCGAGGGAGCCAACGAGAAACGGCGAGGCGCGGAGAGAGGCACGGAGAAGACCACAAGAGGGGGACGAGAGAGGCGCGACGAGACCGGAGAGAAGGGGAAGAGCAAGAGAAAGAAGAGGCACUGAGCGCCAAAAACACACAGCUCGCUCUGACGUCUCCACCUCCAUGCGCCCAAUCCGGAUUGUGUGAGCGCAAAAAGAGGAGAGAGAGAGAGAGAGACAGAGAGAGAGAGGGGAGGGGGGUGGUGGGGCAGGAGGAAAAUAAACCCUGGAGCGUGUGCCCCCUCUUUGCCUGACGUUCGUUUCCCUUUUUUUUCCCCCCGUCUCCAUCAACCCAGGCAUGAAGGUGGGUGUCAGCUGGCACGGCAGAAUAAAAGAAAGGGAUGCUUUGACCGCUACCUCUCUUUCGACCGGGGACAAUAAGGACGAGGAACCGGGGCGGGGGGGACAACGCUCAGAAGGGGACAGAAAACGGGAUUUCCAGAACGAAUGGGAGUCCUUCUGCCGCAUGCGCUCGGAAUAGCAGCCGCCGCACGCCGAAGUAACUGAACGAGCGGCCCGGCCUUGAGGGAGGACGUGAAACUGUCGUGAGAGUUUCGGAGGUCGCGGCUCCUCCCCAAGCCCCCCCCCACCCACCCCACUCACCCCCUCCGCCUCGGACCACCGCCGACUGCGCGCAUCUCCGCUCUCCAGGGGGGGAGGGGUGGGGGCUCCAAUUAAGGCGGGCUCGAGGACAAAGGGCUGCGACAGUACCCGAAGACACAAGGAGGGAAGGAAAACAGCGGAGGAGGGGCCUGCGCUCGCUGCAGACGGGCGGAGGACCGCUUGUCCCGACUCGCUGUAGCCCGGCGGCGGCGGAGGAAGAGGAAAUGGUGGGCUGAGAGUGGGUGGGGGGGGGCGGGUCAUGGAGGACGCCGCCACUACGCACCUGUGGUGACAUGAUCCAGUUAUAACUGUGGGUAAUGCCGAGCCAGAGAACCAAUCCUGGAGAUGCCGAAGAGAAGAGAUAUUCUUGCCAUCGUGUUGAUCGUGUUACCCUGGACGCUGCUCAUCACUGUUUGGCACCAAAGCGCUAUAGCUCCGCUCCUCGCCAUCCGCAAGGCUUGUCACCAUCUAGUUAAAGAGAUCUUUAUCAUACCAGAGACGCUCGCUGUCCGCCACCACCGUCUCUCAGAUGACGGCGUGGAGGGCAAGAGGGAGGCAGGUGGUCAGGCACAAGACUCCAAGGAGUACUGUGCCUCAGAUAAGGACAUUGUGGAGGUGGUGAGGACAGAGUAUGUGUACACGCGGCCUCCGCCCUGGUCCGAUGUGCUGGCCACCAUCCACAUCAUCACCCCCACAUACAGUCGACCGGUACAGAAGGCGGAGCUGACGCGGUUGGCAAACACCUUCCUCCAUGUCCCCAACCUGCACUGGAUCCUGGUGGAGGACGCCCAAAGGAGGACGCCCCUCGUCACGCGGCUCCUGCGGGAAACGGGACUUAACUACACCCACCUCAAUGUGGAGACGCCCAAAAACUAUAAGCUGCGCGGUGACACUCGGGACCCCAGGAUUCCCAGGGGCACGAUGCAGAGGAAUCUGGCCCUGCGAUGGCUGAGGGAGACCUUCAACGCCAACAGCAGCCAAGCUGGAAUCGUCUACUUUGCAGACGACGACAACUCCUACAGCCUGGAGUUGUUCGAGGAGAUGAGAUCCACCCGCAAAGUCUCGGUGUGGCCCGUGGCCUUCGUGGGCGGCUUGCGGUACGAGUCCCCCAAGGUGAACGCGGCCGGAAAGGUCUACGGCUGGAAGACGGUGUUCGACCCCCAUCGGCCCUUCGCCAUCGACAUGGCCGGCUUCGCCAUCAACCUGAGGCUCAUCCUCUUCAAGCCGCAGGCGUACUUUAAGCUGCGCGGGGUGAAGGGGGGCUACCAGGAGAGCAGUUUGCUCCGGGAACUCGUUACACUCAACGACCUGGAGCCUAAAGCAGCCAAUUGCACUAAGAUACUUGUUUGGCACACAAGAACGGAGAAACCCGUCCUCGUCAACGAGGGGAAAAAGGGAUUCACAGACCCCAAUGUGGAGAUUUGACCGUUUCCCGUCAGAACGCGGUGGUUGGCCUUGGACCCGUGGAGGAAGAAAGCUGCGAGCGCUCAUGUCUUAAUCAUCAGAAAAAAGAAAGAAACGGGGGGCUUUUGAAGGGGGAUUUAAUCCUCUUGACUAAAUCUGACAUUUUUUUAAAUAUGGCCCCAAAACAGUACAAAUGUACCAUAUUAAAAGCACAGAUGAGCAAAAGGCGGGAGUUAUUUGUCCGGCCUACAAGUGGAGUGCAGAGGAGACGACAUAAAGGACGCCUCAGAGGGUCAACGAGGACAGACGUGACCUGCACAUUCACAGUACAGCGGCCCGCUGAGGACAACCCGACAAAAGAGACAGCACAAUAUGUCGAGCGUGCAGCCGGCGGAGUCAACCAAGCAAGCAGGUUAAAGAAUAUCCUUCAACUCCAAAACACUGGGGGGGGGAGAAGAAACACGAUGCGCAGAUCUGCACACGGUUCGUGAGAGAAAUCUGGAUUUUAAGGACACAGUCUGCAUCAUCGGCCUGGAAAUAAACACGUCUCCAAGGACGACCCAAGUCUUGUGUGGAUUUGACUUUGGUGCAAUCGCGAGCUUAGCAAGGGGGAAGAAUGUUCUUUUGAUAACUAUAAAAAAAAAAAAAGAAGAUGUUUGCUCUGAGUUGUUUCACAAGCACCUGACUUGCUAGUUCAAUACUGCUGACUCUUACCUGCAUUUACUCUCGGGUUAUCAUUGUUCAUUUUACGGUGUCAUUAUAACUUCUGCAUUCAAGCCGCCCCCCGUGCACUCGAAGGGAGGCCGUGGUCUGAAAUGAAACCCCUGCCGUGCUUUGAAGCCGAAACGUAGACGCGUGUGUGAAUAGUAAUUCAACAUCACAACAAUCGGAUGACUGAUGACAACUUUUGACAAAAGCAUUGUACUUAGUGUAUUUAUUUAUAUUUAAAAAGAAGUAUAUCCCGCCCCCACACCGCCGCCCACACGACAAGGCACAGGUUCACUCUAGGUCAAACACAUGGGAAGAGUAAUAGCACAUCACCGAUCUCGUACGAGUGAUAUUCGAAUGCACGGUCACAUGUCCACAAGACGCCAUAAAUCAAAGGCCAGCAUUUUCAUUUUCAGGUUGCUCUGCUCUCUAAAUAUUCACUUUACCAUUAGGUGAGGGACACAAAAGUCCAAAAAUAUCAAUUCAGAUGCCGAAACUCACCAUCCAAUAGCUGGCGUGAACUCUGAAGGACCUAUUAAAACAAAUAAUUGUGUUUUAUGAAAACUUUACGCGUUACUCUCACAUGACAGCCGGCUUAAAAAAAAAAAGGCACACAAAUGAAUCUUCCUUAAUGAUUUGGUGGCCCUCUUCGGUAUUGUGGAUUGAUGUCUCGUGGUCAUCACCGGUAUCACGAUCCAUCUGUUAUUAACCGGAUGAAAGAAGAGGGCGGACGCACCUCUGAGGACAGUAACAAAGUCAUUCUGCGCCGGAGACAACAGAAUUUCCCCUCUACUCGAUUACUCAUCCGUCUAGUGAAACACUCGCUGGUGGUUCUUAUCUAACGUCGGCCGGCAGAAGCAGCUGGAGAUAAUUCAAACACUGAGCCUUUGUAUCGUUGCCAGAUUAUCUCUGUGCUGCCCCCCUUCAACAAACACAACCCAAAAUACUGCAUUAAAACUUGGGGCCUCUCGGACGGGGAAACUGUGCUAUUACAUAUUUCUCUUAGAAUAUGAUAAGAUACACAUUUGGGCAAUUGGCUGUAUUAUAUCUCUCAUCCGACUGGCUGUUCAUGGACUGCAUGAUAUUACACUGCGCAGGGACCGGACACGGAUAUCACAUCUUGUCUCCCAUUAUUUAUUAAAGAAUCCAAUCUAAUAUAUUUAUCCAUGUAUUUAUUUUAUGUGAGGAUGUGCAUCUGAAUCACAGCAGGGGGGUUUUCCUCCUUAAAGCUCUAUUUUUCAGUGCUCUCUUAAAAAAAAGCAUGCGCACAAAAUUGAACAAUUAUUUUACAGAUCAAUAACAGGGUUGCGCAGACACACACACACACACACCAUCUUCUUUAUAGCAUUGCUGUUUAAGUUCUACUUGAGUGGUCAUUAUCGACUUUUAAUCUAAAUAACUGAAUCCACCUGAAUAGUUUUUAGUGCUGAAACAAACCAAGUGUCCGAAUUGCAUUUAAAAGACUUGACUUGAACACUACAGGUUGUCUUGGAAUUGAGUGUGUUGUCCUUGUAUCAUUUACCUUUGGAACAAAGCUAAACUCUUAACUUGCGUCGCUAUUGUCAAAACGCAAGCGAGGUCAGCAUGCGGUCGGAUACGAAUCUGUGAUUUUAAUCUCUGUGGUGUUUCCCGAGGCGGCAGAAACAAAUCAAAGGGCUUCACCUUUGAAGCCCUUGACUUUAUCUGAUUUGGCGUGUUUCUGACGUAUCAAGCAAUACGUGAGAGGCUCACAAAGAGUUGAUCAACCUCAGCAGUGCAGGUUAUUCAGUAUUUAAUGUCAGUAAAGGAGCAUUGCCCCUCUGAGGGGCUUCUCUAAGGCACAAUACACACACAGUCCUCUCUUUUCCCCAUCUCCACCCCCCCCCCCCAGUCUCAUGUGAUUCACAUUUUAUGCAUGUGACUCUAAUGGUUGUUUAUUUGCCACAGCGAUUCUGUCUCAGAGAAAGAUGUUAGUUGAAUCAAGAGAAAUAAAUAACUGAGAAAAAGCUC